GGAAACACGUGACUACCAGCGGACCAAUCACAGCUCUUUCGCUCCGCCUCGCCGCAUUGUGUUGUUACAUUUCUGAGAAGGUGUGCGUCUUCGUAGGAGCGUGCUUUAACGCUUGAUCCUCUGCAAUACUGAAGCGCAGAGACCUAAAUCACAUUUAAGGUACGUGUUACCUGAGCUGGACGCUGGUUGAAUCGCGUCUCCGUCUCUCAGAUAAAUCUUUGAUCUGUUGCAGUAACAAUGUCUUUAGAGGAGAAUUUCAGAGAGUUGGUUAUCGAGCGACUAAAUACAGCUCCUGAAGAAAUAGUCGAACUCUUUGAAAGAACUGUCGUCCAGUACGAGGAAGAGAUCGAUCGUCAGCGCAGACUGCUGGAUAUCGCCCGGAAACCAGAGAUAAAGUUACACAGAACAGACACAGCUGAGAGUUUAAGAGAAUUGAUCAUUGAGGGACUAAGUACUACUCCUGAAGAAAUAGUCGCACUCUUUGAAAGAACUGUUGCCCAGUAUGAGGACGAGAUCCAUCGUCAGCGCAGACUGCUGGAUAUCACCUGGAAUCCUGAGAUAAAGUUGCACAGAAUAGACUUUCCACAGCAAUGUGUAUGGACUAUGGAGAUGAACUCCAGUCUGGACCAAGAGGAACCUCCACAGAUUAAAGAGGAACAGGAACAACCAGAAACUCCAUGGAUUAAAGAGGAAUGGGAUCAACCAGAUCCUCCACAGGUUAAAGAGGAACAGGAGGAACCAGAACCUCCACGGAUUAAAGAGGAACAAGAGGAACCAGAUCCUCCACGGAUUAAAGAGGAAUGGGAUCAACCAGAUCCUCCACAGGUUAAGGAGGAAAAGGAGGAACCAGAACCUCCACACAUUAAAGAGGAACAAGAAGAACCAGAUCCUCCACAGGUUAAAGAGGAACAGGAAAAACCAGAACCUCCACGGAUUAAAGAGGAACAAGAGGAACCAGAUCCUCCACAGAUUAAAGAGGAACUCUGCAGCAGUCAGGAGGGAGAACAUCUUGUUCUGAAUCUGAAGAUUGAUUCCUUUAUGGAGUCUUGCACUGAUGAGGAAAGUGAGCACAAUCAAUCAGAACCAAAAGGUAAUCAGCUCCUCUCUUACAACUCUUCUGUAGUUAAGAGCCCAGAUCAGGAGGGAAACAAACAAGUGGACUCAGGAUCAAGUAGAAAUGCAGAACUCAGUCCAAAGAAGAGACAUCAAAAAGACACAGGUCACAGGAACAAUAUAAACAACUCUCCCACGUCUGAGAGUCAAUGUGUUACUGACACAGGUAGAAAGUCUUUCACAUGUGAUAUCUGUGGAAGAGGCUUCAGGUUAAAUAGCAAUAUGAAGACUCAUUACAGAACCCACACAGGGGAGAAACCUUAUAGUUGCACAACUUGCGGGAAGAGUUUCACUGGCCGGAGUAACUUCAAUGUCCACAUGAAGAUUCACAUAGAUGAGAAACCAUAUCCCUGUGAAACAUGUGGGAAAGCCUUUAGGUGUAAAUAUAAACUAUAUCGCCACAACAGGAUUCACACAGGUGAGAGGCCAUAUUCCUGUGAAACGUGUGGUAAAAAUUUCAAAAGACGAACUGGCUUAACUGAGCACAUGAUGACUCACACAGGUGUGAGGCCAUAUCCUUGUGAAACAUGUGGGAAAGGCUUCAUAACACGAUCUCACUUAAUUGGGCACAUGACAAUUCACACAGGUGAGAGGCCAUAUUCUUGUGAAACGUGUGGUAAAACCGUUGCAAGAAAAAGUGAAUUAAAUACCCACAUGAGGAUUCACACAGGCGAGAGACCGUAUCGUUGUGGAACGUGUGAUAAAACCUUCAGAACAAAAACUGAUUUAAAUAAACACAUGAGGAUUCACACCGGUGAGAGACCAUAUCCUUGUGAAACAUGUGGUAAAACAUUCAAAGCAAGACAUGAAUGUGUUGUCCACAUGAGAACUCACACAGGUGAGAAACCGUAUCCUUGUGAAACAUGUGGUAAAACCUUCACAACAAACUCUAGCUUAACUGUGCACACAAGGAAACAUACAGUUGAGAAUCUGUAUUCUUGUGAAACGUGUGGUAAAACCUUCACAACAAGACAUGAACAUGUUGUCCACAUGAGGACUCACACAAAUGAGCAACUGUACCUUUGUGAAACAUGCGGUAAAGCGUUCACAACACGAUCUGGAUUGACUUGGCACAUGAGGAAUCAUACAGGAGAGAAACCAUAUUGUUGUGAAACGUGUGGUAAAACCUUCAAAACAAAUUGGGAAUUAAAUAAACACAUGACAGUUCACACAGAUAAGAAACCGUAUUCUUGUGAAACAUGUGGUAAGGCCUUCAAAACAAAUUGUGAAUUAAAUAAACACAUGAGAAUUCACACAGAUAAGAAGCCGUAUUCUUGUAGUAAAACCUUCAAAAGCUAAUCUGACUUAAAUAUCCACAUGAUGAUUCAUUCAGGUGAGAAGCCGUGUUCUUGUGAAAGGUGUUAGAAAGCCUUCAGGCAGCAAAAUAUGUUAAAAACCCACAUGAGGAUUCACACACGAGAAAAGACUUGCAACGUGUGAUAAAACAACAUAUGAAUUCAUUGUCCAUGUGAGGAUUCACACAGGUGCUACAACUGAAGGAACAUGGCCAACAAAACCACUCUUCCAGACACUAUAGUACCGUGUGUAGAAACUGACAGGUAAACUGCAUCUUAUACUUUACUCAGGUCUGUCUCUCACACAACAUCUAAUUUUCUAAUCUAAUUUAAGUUGUUUAGGUAAAGUUCCUUUCUGUUUACUAGUGAAUGAGUCAUAGACUUUCUCAGUCAGUGCAUAUUAUUUGAUGUGUACCCUUGUUUCUUUUUUAUAUUAACAGAUGUGUUGUAUCAAAGUAGUAGUUUUACGUAGUUAUGUCCUUUUCACUUGUUUUAUGUGACCUUUACAUCAACAUUAAAUGAUGUCUGUUUUCAUCUGAAUAAAUGACGAUAAGAAACUACACUCAAUAAAAAAUGUUAAUUCUUUUCAAAUAA